AUGACCCUGCUUCUACCGCUUCGACUGAAAGAUCAGCCCAGGAUCGGCUCACCACCCAUGACCGAGCGACCGUUGACAGGGCGAGCGAGCAGAUCGCUCAGAAGAAAGCGACGAUGGGCAAAGUUCUGGCCUUUCUUGAUACUUGCAACUGUGGCUGGAGUGAUCUUCGCGAUCAUCAAGCCUCAAUCGGUCAAGCCUCGGCUCGUCACUGCGCGUCGACUGACGGAGGAUCGCGCAAGACGGCUGUUUGGCAUUUUGCCAUGGCUCGAUCGGGACAGGCCAUUCAGCAAGCCAAACGGACCACAUCCUCGGCUCGCUUCAGCCUUCAGACCGAUCAAUCACACUGCAAUCGUUCGUGGAAAGCAUGCCGAGAAUGGACGAGCAAAGAGAAUUCAGCAUCACGUGAAGGACCUCGGCGACGAAUACGAUCUUCAGCAAGAUCGACACCUCACCGUCGAUGAAUGCGAUGCACUGUUUCCUCAUCUCUUUGACCAGCUCAUCGAAUCGCGCCGGUUUUGGGAACGCAAAGGCGGCAUUCAAGAGCGAUACCUCGAUACGACCGAACAUGGCAUGAAUGCACGUGUCAUCAUCAAAAGCAAUCGAGUGUAUCUGCGCAAGCCUUUCAAUGCGGGUGCAAAAUCACGUACGCAGGCACUGCUUGCUGCAAUAGAAGAAGCUGUCCUCUCGUCUAUUGAGCCAAUACCCGAUGUCGAAUUCGUCAUCAAUAGCGAGGAUAGAGUGGACGCAGCAACGGCGCACACACCAAUCCUCGGAAUGAGCCGGAAAAAGCAGCAAGGGCAUGUCUGGCUCAUACCCGACUUUCGCUUCUAUGCCUGGCCAGAGCCUCAUGUGGGCACCUACCCUGAUGUGCAAGAUCAGAUUUACGCACUCGAAGCAACACAGCAGUGGCACCACAAACGUGCAAAGCUCUUCUGGCGCGGCAAUCCGCCACUCCAUCCGCUCAGACAGGAGCUCAUGACUAAGUUUGCUAAAAGCGCAUGGGCCGAAGUCUCUCCUAUCGACUGGAAGCAUACGACAAAUCUGCUCGCAUUAGCUGAGCAUUGCCAUUGGCGGUAUCUACUCAAUGUAGAAGGCGUGAGCACCGGUGGCAGGCUGCCAUACAUCAGCCAAUGCAAAUCUGUCGUCAUCACGCAUCAAUUAGAAUAUGCAGACAGCAGAUCGCCCCAUCAAAACAUCAUCGAGCUCAAGCGAGCAGGCUGGCAAGACCUCGAGCCCACCAUGCAGGAUCUGCUCAAACACGAUAAGCGAUCGGAGAUCAUCGCAGGUGUCGCGUCACUUUACUGGCGCAAGAUGCUCUCGCCCGCAGCACUCAAUUGCUACUGGCGACGGACGUGGCACGAGUAUGCAAAAGUGCAACGGUUCAGCGUCAACAUGACCGCAACCAAUGUGACGCUCUAUCCCAUAUACGACGCUACAGGUCAGAUGUACUAA